AUGAUUGAAAAGAUAUCCAUAGAAGAUCUCCUCAGCUUCACUCCUUACAAACACAUCCAAGCAAGUCCCAAUUCUCUCUAUCCCAUUCCCAAAACACCUUCAGAUCUCCAAUCCAGCCCUUUAAACUCCUCCCAAUCUCUUCUUCCUACCCCAACACUCCAACCCCUCUCCAUUCCCACCUCUCCCCUCCACUCCUCUAUCCCCCAGCACUCAACCCCAUACAAAAUCCUGUCCAAAUCCCCAAUCUUCACGCCAGGCUCGUGAUUUUCUGUUGCUCAUAGAUUUGAUUCAAAUUAUCACUACGAGGACAACAAUCAUUCAAAUCAGAAUAUCAAAAUUCUUAAUGAUUCCUACUCUCAAAAGAGUGUUCAAAUAUGAACUAACAAAAGAGGAUUAACACUUCAGAACUCUUAUGACUAUCCAUCAGUCUUGGUCUCAACGCCAAAGACCCAAGACUCGUUUAUUUUCCAAGAAAACGAGAGUCUCGAUCCUGUUGUACAAAGAGGAUUCUAUCAGAAAGGCGUAGGAACAAGUUGUGUAAAUUCUGAUAUUAAAAUGCCUAUUCUGAGGCAUGAGAAUAAUUCGUUAUUUUCUCCAGCGAAGCCUAAGAAGAAAUGUUUAAACCUCAUUCUGAAGAGCUUAAGGGACCAAGAGAUUCUUGCAAGUCAGCAGAGCGAGAACUGUCUUGACAACCACUCUUGUAUUCAUUCCAGCUCUCAGAUCUCCAUCACUAGAAGUCCUUCAAAAGCUGAUUUUAGUGAAAGCAGGUCACAAAGAGCACUGAAAAUUGACCUCAGGAGGGAACAUCCUAGUUUCCACCUCUUAAAGAAAAGGAAAAUUCAAGCCGACAAGCUUCUUAACAAGAAAGAAAUCAGAUUUGACCAGAAAAAGGACACCAAAAGAUCUUCGAGAAGAAUCAAAAGGAAGUUCAUGGCUUAUUGGAGCAUGUGCAUGUACCCAGGACAGAAGAAGUCAAGUCUUGACAAACAAGCGAUCAGUUUUGAUUCUCCUGUGGAGAAUCAUGAAGAAAGCCAAAACGACUCUUGUGAGAUAUACAACCUUUCUCCAAAACUCUCAUCAAAGGUAGCUAAAAACCAUGCUAAAAGGAGGACUCUAAAUUGUGUAAAAAGGAGCAAGAAAAGUAACCCAAGGUAUUCUAAAAUGCCAAGUUUCAAUCUGUAAA